GUAGGGACCGCUGAGUCCUAGGCGAGCUGUGAACGCGAUGGCCGCGUGGGCCGAACGGCUGGCCGGCGUGCGCGGGGUGCUGCUCGACAUCUCGGGCGUGCUGUACGACAGCGGCGCGGAUGGCGGCACGCCGAUCGCUGGCUCGGUGGAGGCGGUGGCGAGACUGAAGCAGUCCGGGCUGAAGGUGAGAUUCUGUACCAACGAGUCGCAGAAGUCGCGGGCGGAGCUGGUGGCGGUGCUUCGGCGGCUGGGAUUUGACAUCUCCGAGGGGGAGGUGACCGCCCCGGCCCCGGCCACCUGCCAGAUCCUGAAGGAGCGAGGCCUUCGCCCGCACCUGCUCAUCCACGACGGAGUCCGCUCAGAAUUUGAUCAUAUUGACACAUCCAACCCUAACUGUGUUGUGAUUGCGGAUGCUGGCGAAGGCUUUUCUUAUCAGAACAUGAACAAGGCCUUCCAAGUGCUCAUGGAGCUGGAAACCCCGGUGCUCAUAUCCCUAGGAAAAGGGCGCUACUACAAGGAGACCUCUGGCCUGAUGCUGGACGUCGGAGCCUACAUGAAGGCGCUCGAGUAUGCCUGUGGUGUGGAGGCCGAGGUGGUAGGGAAGCCGUCCCCUGAGUUCUUCAACUCCGCCCUGCAGGCAAUGGGCGUGGAAGCCCACCAGGCCAUCAUGAUCGGGGACGAUAUUGUGGGCGACGUCGGCGGCGCGCAGCGGUGUGGGAUGAGAGCGCUGCAGGUGCGGACGGGGAAAUUCAGGCCCAGCGAUGAGCACCAUCCAGAAGUGAAGGCGGAUGGGUACGUGGACAACCUGGCCCAGGCUGUGGAGCUGCUGCUGCAGCAUGCCGACAAGUGACAGCCUCGGGGCCCGGCCUUCCGCUGCCCGCCGCCGCCAGGCACGGGCCAGGACCGUGGCUCUGGGCUGCCCCGGGCCAGAGUCUGACCCUUCCUUAGCCUCCCUCUGUGGAACCUCUUUCUCAGCCUCCUCUGUGGAACCCCCCUCCCAGCCUCCCAGGUGGAAGUUCAUCCCCGUCUCCAGAGAAUGAAAACCCUCUGGACCUAUGCUGAAACUGCCUCUGGGGAUGUCCUCCCUGAACUCCUAAAUUCACUCACUAACCAUUUGCACACGCAUGUGUAAGGGCACUAAGGCACGGCAUAUGAGCCCACGGCCUCUUCCUCAACUCUGCAUCCAGCAGAAAAGCCAGGGUCCUGCCGAGCACGCCUCACCAGGACUGUCUGUCCCCUCCGCCAUGCCCAGCGGCAGAGUAGCUGAUUCUCACCUGCCCCUGCCCCCCGCCCUGAAACCAUGCCACCCCCCCUUUCCUGUCCCAUACGUCACACUGCGGACACAGGCCGGGCAGGCACCCCGAACAAGAGUGCGCCCCUGCAGCCAAGGCUGCAGGCACACGAGGCACUCUGGAGUCAGAAGAGAACAGAUUUGAAUGUACCGUGUGCCGUGUGCUGGAGAAACGAAUGACCGAAUAAACUCAAUCUUGAGUGGCA